UGCCGCGUGCCGCGUGUUGUCAGGGGGUCAGUGUCUGUCUCAGACGGAGGGGUCACUUCGGUCGUGUCGUCUCUCGGGCGUCAACGGGCACGAGCAAGACCCACCUUGACGACACCGUCACACAGGUGAGCAGGAUGGAAGCUAUUAUUGUGCUUUGCAAGGCACUGAUGUAUGCCGCGUGUUUUCUGGUAAUCAUCACGCGAGCGUUCGUCAAUGCAGCAUUGUUCACCAUCAGGGAUUCGUUUGAAUUGAACGACGACGCGGAGCCGGGAGAUGAACGAGUUUGCAGAAAGAGAGAAAAUAUCGAAAGCUGGUCGGUGUCCAUGCCCGGUGCUGGGUUCCUGCUGCCCUACCAACUCGGAAUCUGCAUGGCUCUGCACGCGCACGGCGUGCCCAUCGCUCACGCGGCCGGCUCCUCCAGCGGCUCACUGGCAGCAGCCCUGCUCACCCUGGCUCCUCACAGGAGCAAGGAAAUGUCGUCGAUGGUGAGUUCGUACGCAGCGCAAGGACACGGAGCGACCCUGAGUUUCAGACUCAUUCCCAAGCUGAGAGAGAUUCUGGAGCAGAUUCUACCACUGGACUCUCACACCCUGGCCACCGGGCGUCUCUUUGUAUCGGUGACUCGACUUCCUGAUGGACAGAACCGCAUCAUAUCGGACUUCGACACGAGAGAGGAGCUCAUACAGGUUCUGCUGGCAAGCUGCCUCUUUCCGUUUUAUUCGGGAAUCUCUGGGAUAUGCUAUAGAGGAGAGAUGUACUGCGACGGAGGGUUCACCGACAAUCAACCCUUCCCCAAGUUGGCCCAGCCCUGCGGAGUCUCCGCCUCGCAAGGCCUCAUCAGCGUGUCGCCUUUUGAGGGCACGCAGGCCAUCUGUCCGCGCGGCAUCUGCCCGACGGACGGGCGCAUCCUGCGGUAUGCCGGCCUCGAUUUCAAGAUGGGAAUGGCCAACCUGCAGCGCCUUUGGCACGCGCUCUUUCCGCCGUCGCGCGAGAAACUGGAGCUCUACUUCGAGGAUGGCUAUAGAGAUGCGAUGGAUUUUCUUGAGCAGAUCAAGGCUCACUGACACAACGGCUUCACAGUGUUUGUGUGCAACGAUAAAAUAAAUGUCCGCAAACCUGCGUGAUCAGUUGCUGCAAUCGGUUGUGUGCAAUCGGUUGUGUGCAACUGAAAUGCAAGGACGUCUUUGCAACCAGUUGCUCACAAUAGAGAGAGACUCUUACUCACCAGCGAUUGGCUGGAUGAUUCGUAGCAACGCGUUACUUAUCACGUGACACAUUUGUAAACUACAUAAGUGAUCAGGUGACGAUCACUUGUGUUGCGAUCGAAACGUCAUAGUUUUUUUGUAAUUGAUGAUCGCUUGUGUUGUGAUCGAAACGUCGUAGUUUUUUAAAAGUUUUUUUUUACCUAUCUACAUGACUUUACCGAAAGACCCAAAGAAUAUGAAUACCUGCAGUCACGAAAGCUUUAAGUCAAGAUUUGUAUGACUACAUUAACCCCCCCCCCUUCUGGUCUUUGCAUAUUAUUGGCUCACAAGUCAUGACAUCACAUCAAUCCCCUCUAUUUAAGAUGGAACCAGGAAGAGGAUUUCUCCACAAUUCUCUGGCUGUCACCUGAUGAGGCUGCUUGUAGUUACUCGCAAAAUGUCGUACUCGAAUUGGAAAUGUUCUGGGUUUACUCUCCAACACACCGGUGUGCUGUACUAAUAACGAUUUGCUAUGUUUUUUAAAAGUGAAAACCUUACUAAUUAGCUGUGUCGAGUGGUGGCGGGUUUAACGGCAUUUAUAUUUGCGCGUUAUGACCCAAAAUAACCUCUUAUAAAUAAUAGUUGUUGCGAAAGCCUACGUGUUAAACUGUCGUUGGUUGUUUAAAUUAACCACACAUGUA